AUGGAUCAGAGGAAUGCAUAUGUUAUACCAGAACAAGAUCCUACUGAUGACGACAUUGACAACGUUGCUGACCAACAUAUAGAAUCUUCAAUCGAAAUAUUGAUUCAGUCAAUUACAAUUGACCUCGAAGCGCGACGGUACUUAUACAUGGAAAUCCCAUCACAUUACAGAUGGAAUCAAGCUCAAAGAAAGUGGUCUAAAAGAAUGAAUCGUAACAAGGUUAUUGGGCGAAUAUAUGCAGUUUCACCUGCUGAAGGUGAAAAAUUUUACCUUCGGAUUCUUCUUAAUCAUGUUAGAGGACCAACAUCCUUCACAUACUUGAGAACAGUUAAUGGGGUUUUGCAUCCAACAUUUAAGCAAGCAGCAGAACAACGAGGUUUGUUAGAAAGAGAUGACAGUAUUCGACAAUGUUUGCUAGAGGCCUCCACAAUUCAGAUGUCGUCGGCUUUAAGAAGAUUAUUCGUCACCAUAUUGGUAUAUUGUGCACCAAUUGGUGUUCGAGGGUUAUGGGAUGAGUUCUAUCCAUUCAUGAUAGAAGAUUAUGUUUCCAUGACUAACAUAACUCCCACACUUGCUACCAACAGACUCUUGCGUGAGUUGAACAUACUUUUGGUUCAAUUUAAUAAGAGUAUAAACGAGUUUGAUUUGCCCCAAAUGACAAGAGGAAAUGAAUCAAGUUCAGGAAUGACAAGAUGUAUUGAAGAUGAGAUAUCCAUAGGUAUUCCACAACAAGAUCUUGAUGCAAUUGAACGUUUAAAUGAUGACCAAAGAAGUGCGUUUAACAUAAUAAUGGGUGCAGUUCAACGAUCAGAUAAUGUAACUUUUUUUGUGGAGGGUCCUGGUGGAACUGGAAAAACUUACUUAUAUUGCGCAUUGUUAGCAAGCUUGAGAAGGUUGGUUCACAUAGUAUUAGCAACAGCAUCAUCUGGAAUAGCAGCUAUGAUAUUGCCUGGUGGGAUGACAUCACAUUCUAAAUUCAAGAUACCACUUAGUCUUGAUGCAUCAUCGAUGUGUUCGAUUGGUAAGCAAUCUGAUUUAGCAAAGCUAAUACAAAAGGCAAAGGCAAUUAUCUGGGAUGAAGCAACAAUGACGCAUCGUCAUGCAUUUGAAGCACUUGAUCGAACGUUCAGAGACCUAACAGAUAUUGACUUACCAUUUGGGGGGAAAAUAAUGAUAUUUGGGGGAGAUUUUCAACAAGUUCUUCCUGUUAUCCGGAAAGGAACCAAGUCCGAACUAAUCCAAGCAAGUGUUGUUAAGGCAUCAUUUUGGUCACAUGUAAAGAUUUUAAAACUCAAACAAAACAUAAGAUCCAUAAAUGAUCGUGAAUUUUCAGAAUUUUUACUUCGUGUUAGUGAUGGGAAUGAAGAUGUUAUUAUGGAUGAUAUGGUAAAACUACCUGAAUGCAUGGUGAUACCAUGGGAGAGUGAGCAUUCCAUUAAUCAAUUAAUUGCCAAAAUUUUCCCUGACUUAGAGGAUCAUAUGAAUGAUGCAACCUACAUGGUGGAAAGGGCAGUGGUAACUCCUACAAAUGAAGACGUUGAUAUGUUAAAUGAAAAGAUAAUCAAUAUGUUUCCAGGUUUAGAAGAGACAAUGUAUUCAUUUGAUUCAGUUGAGGAUGAUGAAAGGAAUUUGUAUCAGCCAGAGUUCUUGAAUUCAAUCUCACUUGGUGGUUUGCCUCCACACAAGUGA